AUGUCAAAUUCGGAUGCCGAGAAAGAAUCAAGCUGCAUCACAGCAUUUUCCGAUGACGAGGGUUUUACAAAAUCAUUUUCUAUAAAUGAAACCAAUGAAUUACUUGAUUUCUUUCACAAAUAUGGUUUCGUUGUGAUACGUGACAUCGUCGAUUCUCAAUCACAAAUAGAGAACACAGUUGAUGAAAUUUGGAAUUUACUUCGGGUAUUGAAUCCAAAAAUCGAUAAAAAUGAUAGUUCAACAUGGGAAGAUGCUAAUUGGCCUAUUCAAAUGGGUCUUAAAGACGGUGGUUUUAUAUCACAUAUGUCUGAUGUGGCAACUAAAAUGUGCUGGGAGAAUCGACAACAUCCAAAUAUCGUGAAAUUAUUUCAAAUUCUUCUUCAACAAGAUGAUCUUUGGGUUAAAUUUGAUCGAUACGGAUUUAUGCGGCCAACAAAAGAUAUUCCUUUUACAAAUAAGGAUAAUAAUUCCAUAACGAUCGAAGAUAGACCAGAAUGGCGUUCAAAACCCAAUUGGUUACACUGGGAUCAAAAUCCAUGGAAAUAUCCUGACUUUAUGGGUAUACAAGGCCUUUUAGCAUUAAGCGAUACAAAUUCAAAUACUGGCGGAUUUCAUUGUGUUCCCAGUUUUACACAUCGUUUCAAACAGUGGUCGAUUGAUAAUGAACAGGCUCAUCGAUCCCGUGGUGGACUUGUCAAUGUUCCUUCAGAUGAUCCAAUCAGAAAUGAAGUCAAACAAAUUCAUGUUCGAAAAGGUUCUUUUGUCGCUUGGGAUUCGAGGUUACCUCAUGGCAACUUUCCCAAUAACAACAAUCAGUUUCGAAUUGUUCAGUAUAUCGCGUUCGAGCCAGCGAAAGAAAAUGAUGAACGAGAAUUAACAAGUCGAAUUGAUGCGUUUCAUAUGCGGAGAUUGUGUUCCAAGGCUGAUGAACAACUUGCUGGAUUUCCUGAACCACAAUUAACAGAAUUGGGUGAAAAGAUCAUCGGUAUCAGAAUUGCUCGAAAUGAUUAUGAUGAAACCAUUCCACCACUUCUUCGUCGAAUGCUAAAUCUGACGAAAUUGAAUCUAUGUUUAACUCUUGGACUUUUCUCUCAGAAAAUCGUUGAUGGAAAUAUUAUAAGGAGAGAUAUCGUUAGUCAAUUGCCGAAAUUGAAAAAAUUCGAUUUUUUCAUUCACUCAAUAACAUUUAAACAAAAUGAAGAUACUAUACCAUCAAUAGACGAUAUUCAACGGACAUUUAUCGGCUUUGAGAAAAGUUCUGUUCAAUGUCAUGCAAAUUAUCUUCCGAAAUCAAAACAAAGUCAUUGUCACAUUUAUUGCAAGAGAUGUUCGAUGAUCUAUUUCAAUUUCAUUACGAAUCAUUUUCACGGUGGAAUAUUUCAUUCUGUUCGGAAAAUAUCUUUACUAGAUGAAAUGCCGUUUGAAAAUGAAUUUUUUCGUCGAAUUGCGCAAUCAUUUCCAAUGUUGGAAGAAUUAUCCGUAAUCAAUAAUGAAGAACAACAACAGAAGAAGCAAGUGUUUAUCUCAAACAAUGAUCUAGAAAAUUCUUCCCCUAUCAAAUAUCCACAUCUUCAUGAACUUCGUCUAGUUCGUGUUCCUGAUGAUUAUGUCGAACAAUUUUUGCUGAAUACAAAAACAUGUUUGGAGAAGAAAUUCAUUCUUUAUGUUGACCAAUUGGCGUUGAGAAAGAAACCUUCUGAGUCAAACAUCGAAAUUUCGAAUUUUAUUUGGUCCACUGGUUCUAGUCUUUCCACAACGAUGUUCACAUUUUCAGCGAAAAGCGGAAAAAAGCGGAAGUGCGGAAAAAAGGCCGAAAAGCGGAAAUUUUCCGCAAAAAGCGGAAGAUCUGGUCACCCUGAUUCGGACUACCCAGGUUAUUAUGGCACGGUCGGUUCCGCCCGAAUCCGGCGGCAAGGAACCUGCCGGAACUUGCUGGAAUCGGCGAAAACUGCGCCGGAAUCGAGAAGAGCUGUACCAGAACCGACUCAGAUUUCAAUGGAUCCAGUCGCCGGAAUGAUCUACCUGGAAAAGCCACAUCCCAAUCCAACGUGCAAUGAAAUCCAUUCACUCCCCUCACAAUGUGAGAGUGAGAACGAUGAUCAUCAUCGUUCAUUAUCUCCCAAAAGACAACAUCUAUUAAACGAUCUACAGUUUCAAAAGAUCUUAGCUGAUCUCAAAUUAUCGCCAGCAACAUCCGAUAAUAAACCAUGA